AUGCGGACGGGUCGCCGUGGCGUGCGGUCGGGCCCAGCGGGCGCCCCGCCGUGCCCCGGGCCGCCGCCGGCGCGGCGCUGCGGCUGCGAGCCCCGGCCGCGCCCCGCCUGCCGCGCGCGCGCCGCGCAGCGCGCCGAGGCCGUCAAGGUCACGUGCUGCCCGCCGCCCGCCGGACAGCGCCCGCCCUGCCCCACUUGCCCACCAAACCCACCGCUUACAUGCGGCAAAAGAAAAUUUUCAACUCUCGGAUCCAAACAAAAUUCAACACAAAAAUCAUGCAUUCCAAAGGAACCAGUAAACAAAUGCAGCGAUUCAUGUGGUAAUGAGAACGAUCGCGUGGAGCGGCGGCUGCAAGCUGAAGAACAAGUGCGGCGCGAGGAUUACGAGCGUGAGGUGAGCGAGCGGAAGCAGCCGUGCGAGCCGCCGGCGCGGGCGCAGUACUGCCUCGGCAACGAGUUCGAAUGCGCCACCGCCACCGACGGUCGGCAGUACGCAGUGCUCUGCGGGAAGGAGACGCCCGUGCCCCGGUGCGGGCCGGGCCGCCGGCCGCCGCCGCCGCAGUGUGUCGAGCUGAUAGCCGACGGGCCCUGUACGAUACAGGAAGGAAACCAUAUGGACCCUUGCGCGCAUCGCCCUCGAACCCUGGUGCAGAUAGACAGAUCCCACGCGGUCACCGACAAUACAGCUAUUAACAUGGCUAAGAAAGUUGAUGAUAUUCCUGCACAGACUAUUUCGAAACAACAGUGUGACAAGAAAUGUGACGUGAAAAGUUGCGAAAUUAAAAUAUCGAAGCCUCCGCCCGCUCAGCCGUGCCGGCAGCCGACCGUCACGGAGUCUCUGCGGGAACGCGGUCCGGGACCCUGCUCAUAUAAUCGGCCAGGUCAACCUCAAACUCGCUCUCUUCAUACCUCAGCCAGAAAAAUUACACCGACAAAGCGAAAGGAACUACUUUUUAAAAACCGCAAGGACAAAUUAUGUACUAAUAAAUUAUUAUUCAGUUCUACUCCAGACGUAAAAAUCGUAAUGAUGAAUCGUGCUACGAGCCCACUUGUGAAACUAAACUCCGCCAACUUUUCUAAUGGAAGUAAAAAGUCUGGGUCGUGGGCAUCCUUCGAAAAAUUACGAAAGGUUUGCGAGGGUUUUAGCGGAAAGAAAAACGAAAAUAAGACAGACAUCUCUAAAAAUAAAGUGCCUCCUCCAUGCGGGUGUAACACCGAGACAACGAUGAUAACGGAACGCUUGCCUCCAAAUCCAUGUGUGUUAAAGCGACCAACUCAAAAACAAUCUAAGACUAGUGAUACAAAAUCAAAUCAGGCAUCAGCCAAUCCAUGUUCACCAAAACCCCCAAAGAUGCCAAACCAAUCGACCAAAAGUCCAUGUAGAGAGUCAAGACCAACAACCAAAAACGACUGUGCGUUAAAACAAACCACAAAAAGCUCAUGUGCGCCGACACCAUCCACCUGCAUUGCAAAAAAUGCAGCAGCCUCAAAACAAACGUCUUGUAAUCCGUGUAACAGUUCUCCAAAGCCAAAGUAAACCGUAGUUUGGUAGAUACCUAUUAUUUUCGAUAAUAUAAUUAAUACAAAAACCAUAAUUGUAAUGGCUAUAAAUAAAAGUGUGUCGCAGUACUUUUUAAAUAAAAGUCAAUAAACAAACA